CGGUGCGGUAUCUAGUGCAUCGCGGUCCACCUGCGCCGAAGGUCCUCGCCCUCACGUCGCGCCGCGCGCCCAGUCAACUCCCAGUCAAAGUGCCUUCAGCCGCUCAGCCGCCUCAGCGUCGCGGCCUUGCUGCCCCUGCAGUGUGUCGCCUUGCCGCCGACCGCCAUGCGGAUGCCAGCGACCCAGUUCGCGCUGAUCUAGAGACUAGAGGCAUGGAUCUCCGCGCCCUCGUCGCCCACAGGGCCCACAGGGCCUGGGCGUGGUCGCCGCGGCUGGCGGUGCUGGUGGUCGUUGUCGUGGUGCUGCUGGAGGACAAGACGGUGGCCGGGCAGCGCUUCGGCCACCCGCAGCACGCCCCGGGCCAAAGCUACCCCCAGCAGGGCUACCACCCCCAGCACCAGGGCUACAACCCUCAGCAGGGCUACCCCCAGCAGGGCUACAACCCUCAGCAAGGCUUCCCCCAGCAGGGCUUCCCCCAGCAGGGCUACAACCCCCAGCAGGGGCCGCAAGGCGGUUUCGGGCGGCCAGCUCCGGGACCGGGGCUCCAGGGGCCGGGAUACCCCUCAUUCGGGCUGACCGACGAAGGCCUGGGCUCGCCGUGCUCCUACGACGAGAACUGCUACUCCAUGGAGCACACCUACUGCAAGAUGCAGCAGUCGUGCGAGUGCAAGCUCAACUACGUGCCCAGUGAGGCGGGCGAUCGCUGCCUUGCCACGGUGGGCGCGGCCUGCAGCUACAAGUACGACUGUUCCGGCCUCGGCGCCGAGGCGGACUGCUUGCAGAACGUGUGCGACUGCGGGGGCAACUACUUGCCCGCCCCGGACGGCACGCACUGUCUCAAAGGUGCAGAACGCAUGAACGAGGAGUGCCUGCUGGAUCUGCAAUGCGAGCCCCUCGGCCAGGGCGCCGUGUGCACCAAUGGAAAAUGCACCUGUAAGAUGGGGUGGCAUGAGAAUCAACAAAAGUGUGUCCCCACCAGAGAAUUGGGUGAACCCUGCACCCAAGAUGGGGAGUGUGCCACGGCCAAAAAUGAGCAAGGAGUGGUGGUCUGCCACAGAAGUACACGCACUUGCCAGUGUCAACAAAAUUAUGUGGAGAGGGAAGGUGGAGUUUGCUCUGGAGCCGGCAAGGUCAAUAACGUUAUAGCAAUGGUUAUCCUUGCUCUUCAUCUACUGUAUAUCAUCAGUUAAUUCAUUCUCUGAAAAGGUAUGUUUCCUCUGAAAGAAGACACAUGUGAGGUGAUCUAAUAAUCUCAGAGUCAGAGAGAAAUUUCAUUUAAAAAAACUGAGAGAAUUGCUCCAGCAAGCAAACAUUGUAAAUAGAUUCUUAAAUAUUCACAGCAGUUAAUACUAGUUUACUGAAGUACACGAGCAACCACAUAUCACUAUGUAUAGAAUGUAAAAUGACCAGAGAAAAAGAUAAUAAAUUUUGUACUACA